AUGUGGGAUGACUUUGAGGUCAACGCUGAAGGGAUCCCAAAAUACAAGUUACUUUUCCACAGUUUCCAGAUCAUCUUUGCCUUUGUGCUGUGGUGCCUCGAGAUCGCCGUCUUCCGGCAUGAUAGCGCCAAAAUCACCGGCAGGAAUGGCUGGACAUUCGCAAUGCCCCUCCUCACCAUCCCCGCCUGGAUCUACCUGACCAUGGCCCCGCGCCACUCGCGGACACGCAAGAUCGCCAACCCCCGCGUUAUGGUGACGGUGGAUGCCCUCUACACCAUUCUCUGGCUCUCGGCUUUUGCGACCCAGGCCUCUUACAACUCGGCCGGAUUCUGCGGGAAAGUGUGCGGCAUUAGCAAGGCUAUCGUUGGCCUGGGCUUCUUCGUCUUCCUCUUCUUUGGGGUGACAACUUUCAUUAGCAUCUGGACCCUUAAGUACUGGGAGAUGUACAACCGGCUGCCGGGCUACGACCGUGUUCAAUCCAAGAACCAGAACAUCGACCCCGACAAGGCCGCCUUCUCCCUCGCUCCUCAUGAUGAGGAGGCCUAUGCGCCUGUCAGCAUGGAUGACGACCACGAGGACGGUCGCACAGACUACACUGCAUCCACUCGUCCCCCAGCCCCGCGCUCCGAUUAUUCUGACCCGUACGGCCCCGGCGGAGCGGCCAGCACGGUCGGCAGCUCGUACCGUGACAACCCCUUCCGUCAGCACCAGGCAUCAAGCCCGUUUGACGUCGAUACUGAGUACCACUCUGGCCGGGCGUCGGCUGCGGGUGGCAGGUACGGUUCGCCUGCUCCGGGUGCAGUCUCUGAGGUGUCGUACGCCGAUAGUUCGCAGCCGGUGAGGUUCCCGGAUGCUGACUAUGACCGGAUCGCUCGGUAA